AUGCUGCUGAUCAGACUGCUGGCGGUGUUCCUGGUCCUCAUCACCAACACGUGGCUCCUCCAGUCGGUGCGCUCGGGCGCGCUGAGCCGGUCCCGGCGCGCGCUGCUGCGGCGGGCGGAGCGCGAGCUGUCCCGGCUGGCAGGUGGACCGUGCGCUGCCUCCGGCGGCCCCUCUCCGCGCGCCCUCUCCCCGCUCCUGCACCGCCCUCCAGCGGCCCUGUCCAGAACGGCGCCGGGCAGGGGGGCCGCGCGCGCCGCGCACAGCGCUCCGGCGGUGUGCUCGGGCGAGUGCGCGUCUGACGGGAGACCGGGGGGCGUGCGUGCUCUGUUGAGACGGGUUCAGGAGAAAAACGACGCCGGACGCGCAGGUUAUGUCGGCCCCGACGCGCGCCCGCGGCCCGGGACGCGCGUCCCCACGGACUCCCGGGCGCACACGCGCUCCUCACGCGACCCUCCCUCAAGGUUUGCCCGCAGCCUGGACAGGGAGCUCGGCUACCGGGACGAGGACGCCGCCCCCCCCGGCAGCCCGGCAGAGUCCCGGGGGCUGCCGGUGCUCCGCAGACUCCAGCAGGGCCACGCGCACAACCGGACCUCCGCCACCACCCCGAACAGCUCUGCGGAGGACUACUCCGGGGAGGUGGAGGAGGCGGACCCCAGCCUGGCCGCCGACAGCUGGGGGAGCCCCGUGCCCAGAGUGCCCCCCUCCUGGAUGAGCGCGCUGUACUUCAGCGGCCGCAGGGAGCAGCUUCAGGUGAAGCUGGCUGCCGGGGAAGAGCUGCCCAGAGCCAAGUUCAGCCUGGAGCUGUGGCUGAAGCCGGAGGGGGGGCAGAGCAACCCCGCUGUCAUAGCAGGUGUGUUUGACAGCUGCUCCCAUUCACUGAGCGAGAAGGGCUGGUCGGUGGGCAUUCGCACCGUGGAACCAGCAGGCACCAGAGAUGCACGCUUUUACUUCAUGCUUCGCACAGACCGAGCCGUGAAGUCCACCAUUAUUUACAGCCACCAGCGGUACCGGGCCAACGUCUGGACUCAUCUAGUUGCCACCUACAAUGGCCACAACAUGACCUUGUAUGUUGAUGGAGCUAAGGUGGCAGAAAGUGGUCUCCAGUCUGGGAAUCUCUACAGCCCCUUCAUGAAGACCUGCAGAACCAUGUUCCUGGGCAGUAAACCGUCCGAUCAAGAACACGGCUUCAGGGGCCACAUUGGAGGGGUGGUCUUAUGGGACUAUGCCCGCUCCCACCUGGACCUGCUGCGUCAACCUGUCCAAGAUGACCUCAACAAGCCGGUCCUGGCCAUGUGGGCUGAUUUCACCAAUGUGGAACGAUUAUGGACACCGUACAAAUUUGGUGGUCAUCCGGCUGUCAUCACCACUCCUGUACCUGAUCAGGAGCUCGUGUCCCCUUUCCUGCCGCCACCCUGUGGCCUGACACCAUGUGACAACACAGACAUCAUCCUUGGCUACAACCACAACUGGCAGCUCCGUUCCCCCAAAACAAUUGGCUACCGGAUUGUCAACCUGGCUAACGACGAUGGUGGAAACCCCACGGUGACGUCGUCCCAGAUCCAGCUCCAGCAUCAGGCUCUCAAUGAGGCCUUCCAGCCUUACAACAUAACUCUGGACCUGAGUGUCCACACCGUGAAAAACUCCAGUCUCCGACAGCGAUUUAUUCUCAGCAACUGUCGAAUUGGCAAGAUUGGGAAUCGGCAGUGCGACCCGGAGUGCGACCACCCGAGGACGGGCCACGAUGGAGGGGACUGCCUCCGACUGGGGCCCUGCUACAACUGGAAGAGACAGGAUGGGGUUUGCGACAUGGAGUGCAACAGCAUACACUACGACUACGACGAUGGAGAUUGCUGUGAUCCUGAAGUCACAGACGUCCUCAAGACCUGCUUCGAUCCCGAGUCUCCUGACAGGGCUUAUAUGAGUGUGAAAGAGCUGAAGGAAGAAUUAAGCCUCGGCAGCACAGAUAUGCUGAAUGUUUUCUUUGCCAGCAACUCGGUGCGUGAAGAACUGGCAGGAGCAGCGACCUGGCCAUGGGCAAAGGAGGCUCUGACACACCAAGGUGGAAUGGUGCUGAACCCAUCCUACUUUGGUACAGUGGGCCACCACAACACAAUGAUCCAUGAGAUGGGGCACAUAUUUGGUCUGUACCAUGUCUUUAAGGGGGUGAGCGAGCGGGACUCCUGUGAUGACCCGUGUCAGGAGAUCACCCCGUCCAUGGAGACGGGGGAUCUGUGUGCAGACACCGCCCCCACCCCCAAAUCCAAAGCCUGCCAAGACCCUGGAGCGGUCAACGACUCCUGUGGAGUCACCACCUACCAGGACACCCCUUACAGCAAUUACAUGAGUUACACAGAUGACAACUGCACCAACCACUUCACUCCUAAUCAAGUUGCCAGGAUGCACUGUUACAUCGACUUGGUCUACCAGAAGUGGCUAAUGGACCAUCGACCCGCCCCCAUCCCUCUUGCCCCAAUAGUGACGGACCAGAGCCCAGACUCUGCCUCCAUUUAUUGGCUCUCCCCUGUGAGAGGUGCACUCCAUCAAAGCUCCUUGUUUCAUGAUUCUGGCAUCAGCUGUGCAGACUGUGAGAAGGACGGCAUCUUCCACCAGUACGCUCACGAGGCGUCCUCGCCUCGCAUCUGCGACACGUCCGGCUACUGGACCCCAGACGAGGCAAUCGGGCCACCUGACGUGGAGCAGCCCUGUGAGCCCAGCCUACAGGCCUGGAGUCCCGAGCUCAGCCUCUACGACACAAACGUGACCUCGCCGUGCCCGGACCCGGACGGCUGCACCCUCACCCUCACCUUCCUGCACCCCGUGGCUCCCCACACACUCACACUCUGGGUCACCUACAUCUCCUCACAAAACCCAGCCAUAGCGGACAUGGCUCUGCUCACAGAGGGGGGGGGCAGCAUCCAUCUGGGGCCGCAGCACGUCUUUUGCGACGUCCCCCUCACCGUGCGCCUGGACACCCACCACGUCGCCGUCACGGCCGUAAAGCUCUUCACCUUCGAUGAGAAGAUGGAGAUCGACGCGGUGAUGCUGACCUCUGGCCCGGGCAGCCCCCGGUGCUCCGGCUGCCGCCCGCUGCUCUACCGGGUCCAGCGCCAGCCCCCCUUCAGCAGCAACCCCCCCCCACCUCAGACCCAGCAAACCUUCACAGACAGUUCUGUUCAGGAGGGUGUCAGGUACCAGUACAGCAUCCUGGUGGAGGCGGACGGUGUCCUGAGCGACCCCUCCCCGCCCCUGCUCUACACCCCGGGGCAGCGGUACUGUGGGGACGGCUUCAGACAGGGGAAAGAAGAGUGCGAUGAUGGAAAUCUGCUGGAUGGCGACGGCUGCUCUAAGAAGUGCCAGAGGGAAACCGGCUUCAACUGUAAUGGUGAGCCGAGUCAGUGUUAUGUUUUUGAUGGGGACGGUGUGUGUGAGGACUUUGAACGCGGCUCCAGCGUUCAGGACUGUGGGUACUUCACACCUUUGGGUUACACAGACCAGUGGGCAUCCACUGCCACUGCCUCUCACCAGGACCCAAACCUCUGCCCAGCCCAAGCUGCCACAGAGGAGCCUUCCCUUACCAAGUCCUGCAGGUUCCAGCACCUGGACAUGGAUGACCGAGCGCUCACGGGGUCCUGGUUCCCCUGCACUGCCCAGUCCGACACACAUAACGGCCUGGAACAUUCAAUUUGGCUAAAGGUGGGGUUUGCCCAUUCUGGAGUGGCCUCUUCUGUGAUGGUGUAUUUGGCCUCGGAUGGCUCCUGGUCUGGGGAGCAGUGUCGGAGGACGGUCACCAUCCUCCUCUCUGCUGCUAAUGGAAAGAACCACUCGCUGGGCACACAUGAGCUCUCGUGCAAGCGGAACCCUCUGGUGGUGAACGUGACCCAUGACCUCUCGCAGCCCUUCUUCCUGACAUCCUCGGUCAUCCUGCUCUUCUCCUCCUCCCACGUGGCCGUGACGGGCGUGGCUCUGAGGACGUUCUGCCACUUCAGCACCUUCGCCCUGACCGGCUGUUUGCGGCAGCCCUGUCAGAUGGACGGCUGCAGUCCUCCGCGGGUAAAACACGCCUCCGUCAGGUGUACGGACGGAAGGGAGGCCUCCCGCUGCUCUGUUCAGUGUCAGCGGGGUUUCAGCAUCGCUGUCCUCAGGGGCAGAGGAGCCCCCCCCCACCAGAGAGCGGCCGAUUUGCAGUGUUUCCACGGCUCGUGGGAUCGGGAGGUGAGCUGUCAGCCGGUGGAUUGCGGCCUUCCUGAUCAGGCUCAUGUCUACUAUGCCAUAUUCAGCUGUCCCUGGGGAACCACCUUUGGCAAACAGUGCUCCUUUACUUGUGGGUCACCGGCCAUAUUACAAGGUGACAGUGAUAGGCUGGUGUGUUUGGAGGAUGGGCUGUGGUCUUUUCCCGAGGCCUACUGCAAGAUUGAAUGUCCAGAAGUUCCAAUCAUACCCAACACCAAACUGCUAACAGCGAACUGCCUGGCGUCAGGGCACGACGUGGGCUCCGUCUGCCGGUACAAAUGCAGCCCGGGUUUCUACGUGUCCGGCACCCUCAAACAGAACACACCAAGGAAGUACUUUAAGUUGGAAUGCCUGGAGGUGGGGCAGUGGGAAGAAGGCGGCUGUGAGCCGAUAUCCUGCCCAGAGCUACCUGACGUUUUCCAUGGCAUGUACACCUGCACCCAGGGCCUGUUCUACGACACUGUCUGCACCCUCCAUUGCCCGGAUACGAAAGAAAAUGUUGAAAUCCGCUGCUCCAAGGAUGGCAAAUGGACCGCAGAGUUCACCAUGUGCUCCACACUUCAGGGCUCUUGCUCUGCUCCUGAAGACCUCAACCUGGUGGAGUACAGCUGUGACCAAGGGAUGGACAUUGGUGCUGUUUGCUACCCAGCCUGCAUCGUGCCUCUGCACAUGGACCUGCAUGACCCGGUGGUUUUGCCUAACGGCACUUCGGCCGACACUUUAAAACACUGGAUGCUGCCCACCACAGUCCAGAGCAUUGUCUGCACGGGGAUGAUGAAGUGGUAUCCUGACCCUCAGAACAUCCACUGCAUCCAGUCAUGUGAGCCCUUUGGAGGGGACGGCUGGUGUGACACCAUCAACAACAGGGCCUACUGUCAGUAUGAUGGAGGAGACUGCUGUCCAUCCACGCUCUCCACCAGGAAGGUCAUCCAGUUUGGGGUGGACUGCAGCGAGGACGAGUGCACUUGCCGUGAUCCGGACGCCGAGGAGAACAAGAACAAAGUCAAACACUUGGACAAAGGAGGUGGAGCUGGAGCCGGGACACAAUAA